AGGACAGUUGGCUUAAAGGGAGAGGAAAGGGAGCUAAAAAGGGAGGCAGCACCAGGACCCAGUGUAAGAUAAAUGAGCAUUACAUUUAAGCUAUUUUAGCUAUUUUGAAGCUGCUCUGCUAGAAUCUAAGAAUCAAGAUAUGGAGUUGGCAAUGAGCAUAAUAAGUCCAAUAAAAUCCAAUUUCUUGACUGACUUGCAUAAAGAGAAAAUGAUCACAUUAACAUUGGGAAUAUCAGUUUUCCACAGGGACCUGGGCUGAAAGCAGCUAUCACUGGUUAAAUAUUUUACUACCUUUCCCAGUAAGCACGAGAUAAGCUUAGAUUAUUUUUCUUUUCUCAGUCUCUGUUUAUCUGUCCUGCCUUUUAUAAAGUCAAAACCCAAUGCACUGUGGGAAAAGUAAAAAGCUAGAAUGAAUGCUACUAAUUUUCAUGGCAGGUUUAUUAUUCAGUUUGGAGCUGAAUGUACCGCUCCGUGAUUUAAAACUUAAAUAUUGUUUAGGUAAAAUCAGUCGGUGGACAUACACAAAGUAAAAAAAAAAGAAGCCAAAAUUUUGUAUUAAGUGUCUUUUUGUUUUUGACACAUCUUAAAAUUAUAGCCCACACAGCAGUGCGUUGUCAGGUUAAUGUUAAUGCUGUUCUGUUCUUUGGUUUUUGAACCUCCUUUCUAGUGAAUCCUGGGCCCAAACCGCCAGGACACCAACAACAACGACAGCAACAACAAUCUUUUCUUGAGUCAGUAACAACCAAAGUCGCCCAUUCAGCUGAUGAUGGAAAACCGUGUCAUUUGCACUGAGAAAGUCCAGCGGCGGAGUGUGGAAUCUCCUCCUGUGAGUGCAGUUCUCCUCUGUGGUGCUGAGCAAGAAGCAGACCUGGUUUUAAAGCGCCAAAGGGAAGAAUCUGGUUAGACUCUCAUUAACCGAAUACUGUAAAUCCCCCCCUCACAGAACGUUUUCCUUCAUCAUGAGCACAGAAAAGCAUCCUGAAUUCACAUCCUCAGAGGCAGACGGGAUGGAUGUUGCAGAUGUGAAGUCGCAGGAGGAGGAAGAAGAGAAGGAGGAUAACUCAUUUAGUGAAAAUGGAAUUCAGUCCGCUGAAGGUGUCGCAGAUCCACGUGUGAUAAAGACCGAGGCUGAGGAGACGGAAGAUAACGAGCAGCUUCUCAAGGCUGAAAAAGACCAAGAGAUUGUCCCUAAAGAGGAAGCAGAGGGAGGCAGUGAGGACGGGAUGGAGGAAGGUUUUGAUGAGGAGAGGACAGAGGAAGAGAAUGAUGAGGAGAGGGACAUGGAAGGGGACGAAGAGGGAGAUGGCCUGAGUGAGCCGCAGGACCUGUCGCUGGUGGACUACUCGCGUUACGACAGCACAGCCCUCCCCGACACCAGCGCAGCGGCGUCUGCCGCCAACGCGGAAGGCGCUUACGCACCUGGAGCCGGGCCACCUCGCAUCCAGCCAACAGGCAAGCUCAGCUGUGACAUCUGCGGCUUGUCCUGCAUCAGCAUUAACGUACUGCUGGUGCACAAGCGCAGCCACACGGGCGAGAGGCCAUUCCACUGCACUCAGUGUGGGGCCUCCUUCACCCAGAAGGGAAACCUGCUUCGCCACAUCAAACUGCACUCCGGGGAGAAGCCUUUCAAAUGCCCGAUGUGCAGCUACGCCUGCCGGCGACGUGACGCUCUGAGCGGGCACCUGCGCACCCACUCUGUAGAGAAGCCCUUCAAGUGCAACCAUUGCAGUCGCAGCUACAAGCAGCGCAGCUCGCUGGAGGAGCACCGAGAGAGGUGCCAUGUGUACAUUCAGAGCAAAGGUCCCGCCGACAGAGAGGACAGCCACACAUCCAGGACUCAGAUGGGUACUGAGCGUGCGCUGCUGCUCGACAGGCUCGCCAGCAACGUAGCCAAGCGGAAGAGUUCAAUGCCACAGAAGUUUACAGGCGACAACGGCGUGUGCCUGGACCUGAGCUUUAACAGGGAUCUGGUCCACCGAACUGAUGUCAAGGAUCCUCCGUCGGGCUCCCCGGGGCCAGACGGGCAUCACCAGCAACAACCGAUCCACCCAGGCCCCGAUGGUGACCAACCGCCUUCCCACAGGCCCUACCCCAUCCCGUUAGCCCGCGGCGACAUCAACCCCAUGGGCCUCACCAACGGCCACAAGAUGGCCAUGCCGCUCCUGGGAAUCCCUCACGCCUCCCAGCCUCCCCUUGGCAUGGACUCUUACCACAACGACAACGCCCAGAUAUCCCAGCCUGUCAUGUACAGCUUAGGCCACCUGCUUGGGGGGCUGAAUUCCCAAAACGGCAUGCCUCACCCGCACACCCAGCCCAUCCCCCUGUCGCCUCUGGAGGCUUUGCGAGUGAUGCGAGCUGACGGGGAGCCCGUGCCCGGGGCCGUGUACCCCUGUGGCCACUGCAGGGUGAUCUUCCUGGACUACGUCAUGUUCACCAUCCACAUGGGGUGCCACGGCUUCCGCGAUCCGCUCGAGUGUAACGUGUGUGGCCACCGCAGUCGGGACCGUUACGAGUUUUCUUCCCACAUAGCCCGUGGCGAGCACCGCCUAGAGUUGAAGUAGAUUUCAGGCACAACACCAGCUCUGCAUGAGAAAAACAGAGCAGAUUAACUCAUAUAAGUAGUGUCAGAAAUGAAUUCAUAAAGUAGCUAUCACUCUCUGCCUUGUGUGUGUAUAUGUGUGUGUGUGUGUGUGUGUGUGUGUGUGUGUGUGUGUGUAUGCGUUUGAGUGUGUGUGUCUCUGUGGGUGUGUGUGUGUUAGAGAGGGAGACGUUAUACGAGUGUAACGGGUUUCAGGGUGUUUUUAGUCAUACUGUAGUCAUCUGAAAAGAUGGCCUGUAAAAUGUUAAUGCAGGAGCACUUCUACCUCCUUUUUCAUGCAUAUAUUUGUACUUAAUGGUCCCUGCUGUAGCCGCUGUUUAUAUCCUAAUCCUCAGUUCCAUAUGUUGAUUCAAAUGUUCCAAAAAUAUGAGCACUUAUUACAUUUAUUGUGUAAAUGCUUUUGUUUUUUAUCAGUGUAAAGAUGUAAGUAAUAAAAGACAGCUCUUCCUUCGUCACACACAAGCUGCACCACGCCGAAAGACUUUUAGCUUCUCUGACAAACACUUGGCAAUUCAAGACUGCAGAAAAAAAAUCCUAUUAUCUAGAAGGUCACAUGUCUCUUUUUUUUCUCAGCUGUGGUUUUCUGAGUGUAGUUCACGGCUUCAAAGGACACAUCACUCUGCUUCUCACUCCAGAUAUUGUACUCAUUUAGCGCUCCCCACAAGUUGCUUCACAGUUUUUCACAAGACUUUUAGUCACACAAAACACACAGUGUUCAAUUACAUUUCUCACUUCUGUUUGAUUUAUACAGCACCGGUUCCCUUCCCUUCACACUGUGCAGAAAAGGCCGUACAGUGACAUAGAGGUUCCAUCAUUACAUUUAACCCUUGGAAGUACAAAACUGCACUACAUCUAUGGAGGACAGAGAUAAAGGAGAUAGAAAAAGGAGAUAGAAAAAUUCAGUAUAAAGUCAAGCUGAAGGCCUCAAAAUGUGUGUGGCAGCAGAUGAAAUCUUCUAGGUUCCAUUAAAUCAGGAGGAAAAAAGAGGCUGAUCACUUUUUUUCCAUGCAGUACGUGUUGACAUAUUCUGAAAAUGAUGAAAUGUAUGGAUGGCUGAAGCUGCCAAAGUUAAAAUAAAUAAAUAUGUAAGUAAAUGGCUCCAGUAA